GACCAGCUGCGGAACUCACGUCUUCAGAGGCUCCCGAACAACCAAGCGAGGUGAAUGUAUCACGUUUUGUUGCGUUGACUCGCGCGAAAAUCGUGACACCGUAUAUCUUCCCGUCUGGGAGGGACAGACGCCCGUGAAAGAGGAGGAUCGUGAGUCAGGCGGUGUCGAUCAUCGAUUUCCUCGACAGCACUUUCGUCGUCAUCGUUUCCAUGCAUCGUCCAAGCACGCGGCCGAGUACGCGCCGACUCGAGGGGCACCACCAGACAUUUAUGUAGUGCUGAGUAUCGCCGUCUCGGAGUUUCGCACACUCGUUCGCGCAUCACCUGGCCGGAAACCUCCCUCGGAGAAGUACGGCGUGUCAUCGUUGAGAAGCGGAGGAUUCGCGACGUAUUCAGCUCGGAGCGGAAAUAGAACCGCGCGAUGGAUCAAAAACGCGUGUACAAGCUUGUGCUGACCGGAGGACCGUGCGGCGGCAAAACGACCGGGCAGACCAGGCUGUGCACCUUCUUCGAGAACAUGGGCUGGAAGGUGUUCCGUGUCCCCGAGACAGCGACCGUGCUGCUCAGCGGCGGCAUCAAGUUUUCAGACCUGAACGCCGAAGAGGCAUUCAAAUUUCAAGAGAAUCUCCUGCGCACGAUGAUACAAAUAGAGAACACUUUUUUCCAAUUAGGUGAGAGCUGCUCGAGGAAUUGCCUGAUUAUCUGUGAUCGUGGCGCGAUGGACGCCUCCGCUUUCAUCUCGAAAGACAAGUGGGAACUGAUGAUGGCUUCCAAUGGCUGGAACAACGUUGAGCUGCGAGACAACAGGUACAAUCAAAUAAUCCACAUGGUCUCCGCGGCGAACGGGGCCGAGGACUUCUACUCGACGGACGAGCACGUGUGCCGCUCGGAGGGCGUCGAGCUCGCCCGCGAGCUGGAUUACAAGGCCGCGGCCGCCUGGGUCGGCCAUCCGUACUUCGACGUGAUCGACAACUCGCAGGACUUCGAGACCAAGAUCUGCCGGAUGAUCGAGUGCGUGUGCCAGAAGCUGGGCAUCGACACGGGCGAUCGAUUGCGCGCCAGCAGCCGCAAGGUUAAGUUCCUCGUGAAGGCGCCGCUGCCGGCGGACAGUGAGUUCCCGCCCUUCCAAGACUUCGACGUCGUGCACAACUAUCUCCAAAGUAACAAUCCCAAGAUGCAGGCGCGCCUACGCAAACGCGGCCAGAAAGGUCACUGGUCGUACAUCCACACGAUUCGUCGGCCGAAGAUAUGCGGCCAGGUGAUCGAGGUGAAAACUCAAUUGACGCAUCGGGACUACUUGAACAUGCUGGCCCAGCGUGACGACUCGCACUUCACCAUCUUCAAACGUCGUCGGUGCUUUCUCAUCAACAAUCAGUAUUUCCAGUUAGAUAUUUAUAGAGAACCGGCGCAUCCCAGAUGUCACGGCUUGAUGCUGCUCGAGACGUAUACGGCGUUGACUGGCAACGAGCUGAAGAACAUCCUGCCGCAGUUUCUGAUAAUCGAGAAGGAGGUUACCGGCAACCCGGACUACAGCAUGUUCAAUUUGAGUUUGCGCGAGGAGUGGAACAGCACUAAUAAAUACUGCCAUAAUUUAAACGCUGCAAUGCAAUCCCCAGAGAGUACAGGUUUCAAUAUUUCGAUUUCAAAGGGUCUAAUAGCUGAGAAACAAAGCAACGGGCUCGACAGCAAAGCCAGCGUCGCGUUGGGUCCGGCCGUGAAUGGCCAGCAAACGAUCGGCAACAAGAGCAUGAAUGGCGCCCAGAACGGUCUAACGAACGGUAAGGCGACAUUCGCCGAGCGAUGUAACGUAAACGGCGAUAGCCAAGAGCUGAAAUUUUGCAAUAUCGGUCCGACCUCGAGACUGGAUGAGAGUUUAUGAGAAUCCGCGGAAGAAUGAAGUAGAACGUGUGUAAUGUUGAGACACCUGCGAGAAGCUAGGAAUAAAGUUUAUUGAAAAAUCCACUCGCAUAAUCCCGAAUUGUAGCGCAGACCUAACGAUAUCAGUAUAUCGGCACGGAUUAUCCGAGUUAAGUGUCGAAUAGACGGCAAAACUAUCGAUAGAUCUCUGAAAUUUCACAUGAAUAACAAUAUAUUUUUUAAUCGGGUGUGCGUGUUGUACUUAAGAAAUCUUUAUAUAGAAUCCUACGGCCAGUUUCGUCAACGAUCCAGCUUAGACCAAAAAAAAUCCAGCGCACUUGACAAGUUUUUUACAAAAAUACAGCAAAAUUUUCUUCACGGAGAAUCAAUCUCUCGCACACUAAGGAGAUUUUUGAACAAUAAACUUUUUACUCUAAAUAUUUUUUCUCACGACUUGAACUCUACGAAAGAAUCUAAUAAGGAAAAAAAAAGAGCGGAAAUACCGACCGGUUGGAGUUGUCGGAUUCGUUGAACGUUGGUGAAACGAGGCUCUAGCGAAUUUUUGAUUAGAGCUCCACUUAAUAAACGAUGUCUAUUGUCGUACUGAGUAUUUGUAUUUGUACACUUCGCUUUACUUUACUCUAGUUUAUUCUACAUAUAACGUCAUACUUCAAGUAUUGUCCGUCAACUCUUGAAAGUUCAAGAGAGCGAUUGUGAUAGAGAGAUGCGCAUAACGCAUGUUAUGAAACUCAAGCAAAUCGAGAAAGAGAGAGAGAGAGAGAGAGAGAGAGAGAGAGAGAGAGAGAGA